AUGAGAGUCAUGCAGUUGAAUCUCAACCACUGCGAAGCAGCGCAAGAGCUGCUCAGGCAAACGGUGUACGAGGAGAAGGUGGACAUAGCAAUAAUCAGCGAGCAGUAUAAAAAUAUAGACAGUGGAGCAUGGAUAUCGGACCUCACAGGCAAAGCUGCAAUAUGGACAUGCGGAGGAAAAGCUUUCCAAGAAAAGCCGCUGCUUGGCAAGGCAAGGUAUUCCUCUAGCAGAUGGUAUGUAAAUAGGAGCUACAAGGGAGGCAGACUGCAAUCUACAGCGGAGACUCAUAUGCUUUCUUUUUUGUGGUUUAGCGUUAACAAAACGACGUUCAGAGAAGUAGCAAACCUUGGCGUGACGCUGUCGAACAUUCAUAUCACCUUCAAUAAAGUUUUGAGUUUCUUAGUGGAAGCUGUGGCGCUGGAGUCAAUAAGAUUUCCAAAGGAAGAUGUUGAGAAAGAAGCUAUUGCGAGGGAAUUUGAAAAGAUUGCUGGGUUCCCAAACGUUUUGGGCUGCAUAGAUGGUAGCUACAUUUCCAUUAGAAAGCCUAAGAAUAAAAUACGUUCAACCUACACAAAUAGACAUGAUUGUGCACCAAUAACGUUGCAAGGAAUUUGCGAUGCAAAGCUACGUUUUCUGGACGUACAGUGGCUCACAGCUUAUUUUAUGCAAUGCAUAUUUGCAACUUCAAAGCAUUAUAUCUAAGUAACUAUAAGGAAUAUAAAAAAUAAAUUGGUACUAAUAGAAGGAGCAGGUAUUCUUGUUUAACAA